AUGUUUCUCUAUAAGCAAUUUCUCUUCGAAAACGUAGCUGGAAAAGUAGUUCUAAUCACCGGAGCUUCCUCAGGCAUCGGAGAGCAUGUAGCGUACGAGUAUGCGAAGAAAGGAGCACAUAUGGCUCUUGUUGCUCGAAGAGAAGAUCGUCUUGAGAUAGUAGCAGAAACAUCCCGUCAAUUAGGAUCUGGUGAUAUCAUCAUCAUACCUGGUGACGUUGCUAAGGUUGGAGACUGCAAGAAGUUCAUUGACGAGACGAUUCGUCAUUUCGGAAAACUGGACCACCUGAUCAACAAUGCUGGAGUAGUUCAAACCGUUGUUUUUGAAGAUUACAUUCAUAUUCAAGACGCUAAUCCUAUAAUGGACAUCAACUUCUGGGGCUCGACAUACAUCACUUAUUUUGCAAUUCCACAUCUUCGAAAGAGCAAGGGAAAAGUCAUUGUGAUUACAUCUGGUGCAGCAAAUAUAGCUUUGCCAGUGUCAAGCGUCUACUCAGCAAGUAAAGCAGCCUUGUUAAGAUUCUUUGAGGCAUUAAGAGUUGAGCUCAAUCCGGACAUUAAAAUAACAAUUGUUUCUCCGGGAGUUGUAGCAACAGAUAUGACCACUCCUCGCUAUAUAGAAAAUUAUGGUUCAGAUUUUUUCUUCACGGAGCCAGUGAGUAAGUGUGCAAAAGGGAUCUUCAACGGUAUUUGUCGAGGAGAGUCAUACAUAGAAGAGCCAUCGUGGAUGAAAUGGAUAUAUGUGAUGAAAAACGGGUGUCCUGAAAUCGUUGAAUAUGUACUCAAUUAUUUAUAUUUUCGUUAUCUCAAACCUUCUUUCAAGCGUGAUUGAUCAUUUGGAUACAUCCAAGCUCUCUAGUCUUUAAUAAUGGGUGUGUUGCUACGAUGGACGACAUGAAACUUGUAUUUUGUGAGU